AUGCUGGUGGCGGCUAAACAAAGUGGUCAGAGAGCUCCGAUGUUGCUGCUCUGGCUUCUGCUCCUCGCAGCCUGGCGGGCAGGGAGCGGCCAGCUGCGCUACUCGGUCCCCGAGGAGGCCAAACACGGCACGUUCGUGGGCCGCAUCGCGCAGGACCUGGGGCUGCAGCUGGCCGAGCUGGUGCCGCGCCUGUUCCGGGUGGCGUCCAGGGGCGGCGCGGACCUGCUGGAGGUGAAUCUGCAGAAUGGCAUCUUGUUCGUGAAUUCUCGGCUGGACCGUGAGGAGCUGUGCGGGCGCAGCGCGGAGUGCAGCGUGCACCUGGAGGUGCUGGUGGAGCGUCCUCUGCAGGUGUUCCACGUGGAGGUGGAGGUGAGGGACAUCAAUGACAAUGCGCCCGUGUUUCCCGCGACACGGAAGAAUCUGUACAUUUCUGAAACGAGGGUUCUUGACUCUCAUUUUCCACUAGAUGGCGCAUCAGAUGCAGACAUCGGGGCGAAUGCCUUGAUUACUUACAGACUGAUCCCCAACGAGUAUUUCUCUCUGGAUGUGCCAAGCAACGAGGUUCCGGUAAAGCCUCUGGAACUAACACUAAAGAAAUCUUUAGACAGAGAAGUCGCUUCAGAGCUUCUUUUGGUGCUCAGAGCAACGGAUGGGGGCAAACCUGAGCUAACUGGAAGUGUGGAGAUACGCGUCACGGUGCUGGAUGCAAACGACAACGCGCCCGUGUUCGACAAAGCAGUCUAUCAUGUAAAGUUACUGGAGAAUGCAAGUAACGGAACACUGGUGACCAGACUUAACGCCUCCGACCUGGAUGAGGGUUCCAACAGUCGAAUCCUUUAUUUUUUCACGGCUGAUGUGUCGCCUGACUUAGAAGACACAUUCCGCUUAGAUUCCGCCAGCGGAGAAAUACAUGUAAAUGGGAAAAUAGAUUUUGAAGAAACUCCAUUAUGGCAAAUUCAAAUCGAGGCUGCUGACCAGGGAAAUCCCCCAUUGUUUGGCCACUGUACAGUUUGGGUAGAAAUUCUGGACAUCAAUGAUAAUGCUCCGGAGUUAGUGGUCAACAUAUUAUCACUCCAGGUCCCAGAGGAUGCUGAAUUGGGCACUGUCAUCGCCCUCAUCAGCGUGUCCGACCGCGACUCCGGCCCAAACGGACAGGUCACCUGCUCCCUCGAGCCUCACGUGCCCUUCAAGCUGCUGUCCACCUACAAGAACCACUACUCGCUGGUGCUCGACAGCGCCCUGGACCGCGAGAGCGUGUCUGGCUACGACGUGGUGGUGAGAGCGCGCGACGCGGGCUCGCCCCCGCGCUGGGCCAGCGCCAGCGUGCGGGUGGAGGUGGCCGACGUGAACGACAACGCGCCCCAGUUCGCGCAGGCCGAGUACACGGUGUUCGUGAAGGAGAACAACGCGCCGGGCUGCCACAUCUUCACGGUGUCGGCGCAGGACGCGGACGCGCAGGAGAACGCGCGCGUGUGGUACUCGCUGGUGGAGCGUCGCGUGGGCGGGCGCGCGCUGUCGAGCUACGUGUCUGUGCACGGUGAGAGCGGCCGCGUGUACGCGCUGCAGCCGCUGGACCACGAGGAGCUGGAGGUGCUGCGCGUGGAGGUGAGCGCGCGCGACGCGGGCGCGCCUUCGCUGGGCAGCAACGUGACGCUGCAGGUGUUCGUGCUGGACGAGAACGACAACGCGCCCUGGCUGCUGGCGCGCGGCGCGGGCGGGCCUUUGGGGGCGGCUGUGGCUGCGAGCGAGCUGGUGCCGCGGUCGGCGGGCGCGGGCCACGUGGUGACGAAGGUGCGCGCGGUGGACUUGGACGCGGGCUACAACGCGUGGCUGUGGUUCGAGCUGCAGGCGGCGUCUGCGGGCGGCGCGCGCUGCCCGUUCCGCGUGGGUCUGUACACGGGCGAGAUCAGCACGACGCGCGCCCUGGACGAGCUGGACGCUGCGCGCCAGCAGCUGGUGGUGCUGGUGCGGGACCACGGCGAGCCGGCGCUCACGGCCACGGCCACGGUGCUGGUGUCGCUGGUGGACGGCGGUCAGGCGGCGCCGUCGUGGUCGCGGGCGUCAGUGGCGGCGUCCGCGUCUGCGGGCGCGCUGGGUGGUGCGUCGUCGCUGGUGGACGUGAACGUGUACCUGGUGGUGGCGAUCUGCGCGGUGUCGAGCCUGCUGGUGCUGACGCUGGUGGUGUGGGCGGCGGUGCGGUGCUCGUCGGGUGCAGCGUCGGCGGAGGGCGCGUGCGUGUCGGGUCCGGCGGCGGCGGCGGCUCUGGUGUGCUCGAGCGCGGUGGGGAGCUGGUCGUGCUCGCAGCGGAGGCGGCAGCGGGUGUGCUCUGGGGAGGGCCCGCCCAAGGCCGACCUCAUGGCCUUCAGUCCUGGUGUUCCUCCUGGUUCCAGUUCUGGAGACAGUGGAAUCCAGCAGGAGAUUUUCGAUAGUGUAAGUAUCAUAAACCUGUGA